GCACUGGCUGCUUCCGGCCUGCGCUCCGUUGCCAUGGCGGCCGGCCUGAGCGGAAUGUUCGGGAACCAGGGCCCGGUCCCUCCUCCUCCGCCGCCGCCGCCUCCUCCGCCCGUGGCCCCCGGUGUGUCGGGGCCAGCCGGCCUCCUCCCGCCGAACCCCGCGGGCCCGCGGAACCCCAACAGCACCCUCGUGGACGAGCUGGAGGCGUCUUUCGAGGUAGGCCGCGGCGGGCGGGAGCCGGAAGGUACCAUGAUUGUAAGGGGAGGGGGGGGUGAACGAAAGUGAGCGGGAGAGGGUCGUUGCCGUGUCCCUCCCUCGGACGGGGGAGCUCUUCGAACAAGAGGCCUUCCUAACCACAGAGACGAGGACAAUGGUAAACAGAGCUUGUCUGUACUUCCGGUUCCUGUUUCAACAAUCCCCCCCCCCUUUAAUAUGGACAUGUUAUUGCUGUUUCGUUGUUUAGUCGUGGCCGACUCUUCGUGACCGCCUGGACCAGAGCACGCCAGGCCCUCCUGUCUUCCACUGCCUCCCACAGUUUGGUCAGACUCAUGCUGGUAGCUUCGAGAACACUGUCCAACCAUCUCGUCCUCUGUCAUCCCCUUCUCCUUGUGCCCUCCAUCUUUCCCAACAUCAGGGUCUUUUCCAGGGAGUCUUCUCUUCUCAUGAGGUGGCCGAAGUAUUGGAGCCUCAGCUUCACGAUCUGUCCUUCCAGUGAGCACUCAGGGCUGAUUUCCCUAAGAAUGGAGAGGUUUGAUCUUGCUGUCCAUGGCACUCUCAAGAGUCUCCUCCAGCACCAUAAUUCAAAAGCAUCCAUUCUUCGGCGAUCAGCCUUCUUUAUGGUCCAGCUCUCACUUCCAUACAUCACUACUGGGAAAACCAUGGCUUUAACUAUACGGACCUUUGUUGGCAAGGUGAUGUCUCUGCUUUUUAAGACGCUGUCUAGGUUUGUCAUUGCUUUUCUCCCAAGAAGCAGGUGUCUUUUAAUUUCGUGGCUGCUGUCACCAUCAGCAGUGAUCAUGGAGCCCAAGAAAGUAAAAUCUCUCACUGCCUCCAUUUCUUCCCCUUCUAUUUGCCAGGAGGUGAUGGGACAUAAACUUUCAAAAACUGUAGACUUGGACAUGUCCUGUGUGCAGAGCAGCUUUCGGGUAUUGGAGGAUUUUUUCCCUUUGUCAAAUCCCAAGAGCCAGAAGGGAAUCUUGCCCGUGCAAAUCCUAAAAACGCUCUUUCUAGCUCAGGUCUUCUAUGCUUUUUCUAAUCCAGGCCUCAUUAACGUCUGACAUUAUACAUUUUAAGGAUGAUACGUUGUUAUUGUUGCACAUUUUAGUUUUUAAUUUUUUUAAAAAUUGGGUUUUAUAAACAAGAAUAAUGCUAUACAAAUAAGUAGACCAAGUUUUCCCAUGUCAUUUGUAUAUCACAAAAAUAGCAUAAUAAAUGUGGGAAGAUAUCCACAACAUAUGUUUCAUUAUUAGUGGUCAAUGUAUAAGUUCUUGGUUCAUGAAUUGGUGUAAACAAUUAGGAAGAAGAAAAAAAAGGGGAAAGUGCUCUGCCAAAGCAAACACGUGAUCACUUUGCAGUGUGCGCCGCUUGACGCACGGCUCUGCAGUGUUAACUUUCCAGGGGGACAGCUGUUCUGGCCUGUUGCUGCCAAAACAACCAGCUGUCUUCAGAACAGACUAAUGUUUGUAAGCUUUGAAGCAGGGUGUCUCAAAGUUGGGCCCCCAGCUGUUGUUGGACUACAACUCCUAGCAUCCUGGACCGCUUGUCCUGCCAGCUAAGGAUGAUGGGAGCCCUAGUUUGAGAAACACUGCAAGGCGCCACAAGACCCUUAUAUGUAAUCACACCCUGUUAACUUUUCAGGUAUGGAGUUGAGGCUGCGGCUCCUUUGGACUCCUAGCCAAAAAUCCUCCAUUCACGCACAUUUGAUCUCUUUACGACAGUGACGGCCAAACUUGGCCCUCCAGCUGUUUCGGGACUACAAUUCCCAUCAUCCCUGACCACUGGCCAGCUAAGUAUGAUGGGAGUUGUAGUCCAACAACAGCUGGGGACCCAAGUUUGAGAUACACUGCAAGGCGCCAUAAGACCCUUAUAUGUAAUCACACCCUGUUAACUUUUCAGGUUUGGAGGCUGUGGCUCCUAGCCAAAAAUCCUCCAUGCACGGACAUUUGCAAAGCUAAGCGGGGGCUGUUUGGGUUCCAUAUUGGAUUGAGGACCGCUUGUUGAGAUUUCCGCACUGCAGGGGAUUGGACUAGAUGACCCUUGGGGUGCCUUUCAGCGUAGUAAAAAAUGAGAAAAGGAAUCAUUGCUUGCAACACAGCCUGGAUUUUUGGGUGACCUUUAAAGUCCCUGCUGGCCACUGUUACUAUUGGCACAGAGUGGCAUUGAUCUGAGAUCUGCUGCUUUGUGCUGGGAAGUUGUCAAACCAGUUUUGGAUGGGCAGUAGCCAGAAGGGUCAUAGUAGUGGAGUGUGUUUCUAGACUCUAGCAUUUGUUUCUACAAUGGAGCAGCCCUCCCUCCAGGGCAAGGCAUGGCCAAACUUGGCCCUCCAGCUGUUUUGGGACUACAAUUCCCAUCAUCCCUGACCACUGGUCCUGUUAGCUAGGAAUGAUGGGAGUUGUAGUCCCAAAACAGCUGGAGGGCCAAGUUUGGCCAUGCCUGCUCUAGAACCUUUAACAAGAAGUGUGCUCUUGCCUAUCAGAUAUUUAUUGUAUCCAGUCCUGCUUGGUUGUCGAAACCAAAAGUGUUUAUAUGGUUAUACAGUGGUACCUCGGUUUACUAACUUAAUCCGUUCCGGAAAUCCGUUCUUAAACCGAAACCGUUCUUAAACCAAGACGCUCUUUCCCUAAUGAGGUCUCCCGGUGCCCUUCCACCAUUCAGCUUCCGUUCUUACACCGAGGUAAAGUUCGCAAACUGGGACACUUUCCGGUUUUGUGGAGUUCGUAAACCGAAUAGUUCGUAAACAGGGCUGUUCUUAAACCGGGGUACCACUGUAGUAUCUAUUAGCCCUGAAGAUUCAGUUGGAUCUCACAAUACUAUAUUUCAUGGCCCCUUCCCCCCUUCACCCCCCCCUUUCUAUAUACUUGUGUUUAUAAAGUCGCAGUUGAUGUCAUUAAGGCAGAUAUAAAUCUCUGUCAGUCGAGGAGAAAGAUUUUUCAUUUAUUGGCGUGUGAAAUAAAAGCCCACGAGUUUUUUCGUAGAAAGCAAAAAUGCAUUUAAUGGUUCAGCAUUGCUCAUGGGAAACAAGCGGAAGCUGUAUACCCAUAAUGGCAUGUGCACUGUGAAUGUCCUUCUGUUUCUAGUAAUUGCUUUUAUAUAUUUCUCUAAUUACCCAGGCUUGCUUUGCUUCUCUCGUGAGUCAAGAUUAUGUCAAUGGUACAGACCAGGAAGAAAUUAGAACUGGUAAGCCUAUACCUCCAUCUUCAUUUUAACUUAGAUUUUGUUUUAUUUUGCUGCUUUAGUUUUUAUCUCUUGUUGCUUUUUUAUGAUGUCGCUUGGUUAAAUGGUUUUUAAAUUGUAAGUUUUUUUGAGAGUCCUCUGGACUAAGCCAACCAAUUAGUAAUUGCUUAAGGUAAAAUAAAUUAGAUUAUGCAAAAUCAGUAGGGCUGGAAAGUUAUUCACUUGGUGUUUCCCAAACCAUUGGUAGCUAGACCGCAUCUGGUGCUCCCAAUUAGAAGCAUAUUUUACUUGAGCACAUUUUACUGAUUAUCUUACAGGAGAGCUCCAUCAGGGAAUCCUGUUGGAUAUUUAUUAUUGCCCUUGGGAUGAUGCUCAUACUUACAUAUUGACAUUCUGGGGGACAAAGAUUGGUAGAUGCAUCUGAUAUGCAUUGGCUUAAGUUUAAGAUGUUGUUUAGUCCUCUUUGUGAUACAGUUUAAGAAUCAUGGUGCUACUGUGCAUUUAAACUCCAUCACUUGAAUUCUAUACAGGUAAAAUUUCUUAUGCAUGUGGUAAAAUCACACCUGUGAUUUCUAUUCAAAAACUGAAGGAUUCUUUUUUCUCUCAUCAGAAUUUUUUUUUAAUUACCUUUUUCACAUAACUCUUUUGUUAAAAUGGUUGUAUUUUAGCAGACUAUGUAUACAACAUGCAAAAUCAAGAUUCCUAUGUAUUCUUUAUCAGGCCACUGCCUGACUUUGAACAUUCUAUUUUUUCCCUUUUAAAAAAAAAAAGUCAAAACCAUGAACUACUUUAUGCAAACCUCAUUGUUGCAAGUUUUUAAGAAUGCAGUAUUUUAGCCAAAAAAAUUCACUUUGCUCGUAUCACAGCCUGGUCCGUAACUGGUUUGUAAAAUUAUGAAUAUUCAAUUUUCCUGUGGAAUAACUUUGAAAUCUUGUUGCUCUCUCUGCGUAUUAGGCGUUGACCAGUGUAUCCAGAAAUUUUUAGAUGUUGCACGGCAAACAGAAUGCUUUUUCUUACAAAAAAGGCUGCAGUUAUGUGUCCAGAAACCAGAGCAAGUAAUUAAAGAGGUACGUGCCAGAUUUUUCUCUAGGCUUGAAACAUGAUAUCUAAAUCUAUACACAGAGGUAUGACUGAUACUUUGGUCUUUGAUUCAUUCAUUUAGUUCAGUCUUAAAUGGAUAAAAAUAAUUUAAUAAAUACAAUGGAGUUAAAUCCACAUAGGGACGCGGGUGGCGCUGUGGGUUAAACCACAGAGCUUAGGACUUGCCGAUCAGAAGGUCGCGGUUCUUAUCCCCGCAACGGGAUGAGCUCCCAUUGUUCGGUCCCUGCUCCUGCCAACCUGGCAGUUUGAAAGCAUGUCAAAGUGCAAGUAGAUAAAUAGGUACCACUCCGGUGGGAAGGUAAACGGCGUUUCCGUGCGCUGCUCUCGUUCGCCAGAAGCGGCUUAGUCAUGCUGGCCACAUGACCCGGAAGCUGUACACCAGCUCCCUUGGCCAAUAAAGCGAGGUGAGCGCCACAACCCCAGUGUCGGUCACGACUGGACCUAAUGGUCAGGGGUCCCUUUACCUUUGAAUCCACAUACAGUUUACUUGGCCAGUAACAGACAGAUGAAGGUUUUUUUCCUGUCCAAACAAUCUCAUCACUGUAUGUGUUCAGAUUAGUGCAGCACAAUCCUGACCAUAAUUUCCACAGCAGUAAGUCCUGUUGAAUUCAGUGGGCUUACUCUCAGGUAUGUGGGGUUAGGAGUGCCGUUUUAGGGAACAUUUGCCUUGUGUAGUAGUUUUAGAACUGCUGGGGGAAAUGAAUCAACUGCAAAAUUUGCAGAAAACCUCGGUUAGAGCGUGUUGAAAAUUUGUUGUUGGGCCUGCAUCCUGAGGAGCAUAAUUUUAACUCUGUGACCACACGAAAACAAUUUAUGUUUUAAUCAACUCUUAGCAGGCAGGCGCUGCUUUAAAGUUGCAAGGUAUGCAUUCCAAUAUAGUUCAUCAUAGUUCUUGAUGGUAAGAAAAGGACAAAUGUUCAUUUUGUGUGGAGAGUUAAGUGUAAUUGCAGAGCAGCUGAGCUGAGCAUCAAGAAUGCCCAUGGUCCCCAUUUUGCCUCUGCCAUGGUCUCAGUGUUGUAAAGAUAACUGCAGGAAUAUGGGCAAAGUGCACUAAAUACUCAAGAUAUUAUAUAUGUGCUUGGGGGGGAGGAAACAUAACUGGAUGUUGGAAAACACUGCCUUGCUCCAAGCACCCAUCCUGUAUGUGUCUUGUCCUCCUUCCCUUUUUCAGAGCAUUGCCCAAAGGUUGAAAGUCUGUUUCAGAGUCAUUAAAAGCGCACUUAAAUAGUAACUCGUACAGAGGAAGAGAUUGACACUUAUCAAAAUCCCUGUAAGAAAUGCAUUGCCCAGAGAGGGAAAUAGAUGUUACUUUUUCUUUUGAAACUUGCAUCGUACGAAUAUUUAAAAAGAAUAUAACCUCUUGUGACAACAGAAAGGAUAGCUUGCUGUGAGAAUUAUUUCUUCAGUUGCAUAGGAACAGAUCUUACAUAAAAGAGAUUCCUUGUUGCUUGUAAUUUCCUGUGUACCUGUCUCUCCUGUAGGAUGUUUCAGAGCUGAGAAAUGAACUGCAGAGGAAGGAAGCACUAAUUCAGAAGCACUUGGGUAAACUGCGACACUGGCAGCAGGUUCUGGAAGACAUCAAUGUCCAGCACAAAAAGCCUGCUGAAAUGCCUCAAGGAUCCUUGGCGUAUCUAGAGCAGGCGUCGGCUAACAUUCCUGCACCGCUCAAGCAAACGUAAACAACGCAAUGGACUUCCUUUUGUCUGUACGGUGCAAUUUCAUAUGGAUAUUUUUUAGGUGACGACAAGAAGCAUAAUGAAAUGAUGAUAAAGCCAUUUGCCCUUGCAGGGCUCAGAAUGGGGCCUUGGUUUAGGUUUUGUACUUUUAUUAAUCACCUGGCCCAACAAAUUACAUAUGGAGCAGACUCAAAGCAAGCAUAUCUCUGAGCUGUUAAAAUGCUUUCUGCUGAAGAAACGACAAAUAGGUGUUUUUGAGCUAUCACAUGGGUAGUUUUGUCGUAGUAAUGAAUAAGUGUGUUUUUAUUUUUAAAACUCCCAAACUUCACAGGUAGUGUGCCAUGUGCCCAAAAUAUAGUGGCUGAUCUGUGGAACAAAAUAUUGGCUGAAAUUCAGAGGGUUACUUCAGGCAUGCAGUUUGGGGCUAGUGCUUUUGAAAUUUGCAUUGGUGGUCAGUGGGGAAGGGGAAGGGGCUCUGCUGAAAACAGUAGCUGAGCCUUUGGAUGUGCUCAAAAUAGCCUUUUGGGUCGCUGCUCCUGGUCCUAGGGCUACUGCCUCUUUUCAUGGUAUAAGAAAUUCAACAAAGGGCUCUACAGCACAUAAUCUUAUUUUUUAUGUUCCUUCUGCCUAAGGGAGGAGAAUCAGAGUGGCCACUUUAUUAUUAUUAUUUUAUUUUACAACCUCAAUUGCUUUCUUAAUGCCUGCCAUCACAGCUUCCUACGUAUUUUUCUUUUGUGUCUCAAGCCAUGUCUUUUCCUUUUGUCCCUGGAAGCAUGUUGCUCUAAAUUAUCUCUUCAAAACAGCAUCAGCGUUGCUGUUCAAGGUUCCUGUUUUAUAAUGUAAGAACAGAAAAUACUCAUGACAUGUAUGUAGCUAGGCACAAUUUCUUUAAUUCCAUGGAUCUGACUAUAAAUCAAAAACUACUUUCUCUAGUUUGAAUCAACAAAAUGUUAAUAAAACCACACAUGGGGGAAAAUAGUGUACUUAGUUUUAUUUUGAUAGCAUCACCAAAUGAGUUUUAGGUAAUGUUCAUUUUUUAUUUUGAUCACGUAACAGUAAGUUUGUUUUAUAUAUACAAAGCACCCUCGGCUUAUUUUAUUCAGAAAAUUGUUUGGCUUUCUUUCAAGUACACUGUUUUGCUUCAGACAUUUCCCAAAUAUUCUGGUUCCAAAUGGGUUUGGCAAUCUGACAUAGUAUAUUGACAUUGCUGGCUGAAAUUGUAGGUGUUCUUGAAUUUGCUUCUUGAAAACUGAACAGUUUGAACACUAACACUUGGCUUUUAUGCUGUAUGUAUUUAAAUGCGACAAUCCAAAUAAUGCAGACGUUCUGAAGUUAGCUUGAUUUAAUGUUAAGGUAAAGACAAUAGAAGAACGCUAUUUCCUAACCGAGGAAAAACAUGUUUUGUAAUCUGUCGCUAAUGGCCACAGAUGCACCAUGAAAUAUUAGCAUCCAAAGAACCAUAAAGCUGUUGGUGGAUAAGCCUUUGGCCUGAUCCAACUGGACCCUUCAUAUAUUCUUAUGAUAUAGAGAUACAGUCAUACCUCGUGUUGCGUCCGCUUCACGUUGCGUCUUUUCGUGUUACGUCCUGCAGCAACCCGGAAGUACCAGAACAGGUUACUUCUGGGUUUUGCCGCUCGCGCAUUCAAAUACAUAUAACUUAACUUCUUGUCCUAUGUUGCUUUCUUUGUUUACUGUGCUACCUAAAUGUGUUUUUAGUGUUUUGGGUUGUAAUUCUUUUAUAAGCUGCUCUGGGAAUCCUAUUGAACUGAAGCGGAUUAGAAAUAAAACAUUAAGAGGGGUCUUAAAUUAACAUAAAUAAAAUAGUAUAUACAUGAAGAUUGGUCAUCCAUAUAAAAAGCACUUAUUUAUUUAUGGUAAUAUUUCAACCAUAUGUUGUUUGUUUUAAAAAUCAUGUUAAUUUCCUGCUGUGUCAAAUCAAAUUUAAUGGUUCUCUCACUAACAAACCUCGUGAGUUUAUGGUCCUUGUGUUAUCUUGCUUAUCUUACUCUGCAAAGCACUAUAUAAAUAAUUAACAUCAACAGU